ACCAACAACGCUUCUACAUUACAUUGCAUUAUGUUGUGUCACGCCACAUGAAAUAAAUGGGGAUGGGGUCGCUGUUGCUGGAGCGUUGUUGCGUAGCGUUGGAUUGCGCUGUUGCUACAGAUAUGCCUUUUAUCGAGUGAUAUCAUCUCGUUCGUGGGUGCAGGGUUUGGUUUCAAUCGUGGACACUGGAUUGGCCAAAAGGGGAAAGGUUUGGUUAUCACGAUGUUGGUUGAUGGUGGUGGUGGUGUGGCUAUCCCACCACGUCGUCGUCCGUCGCCGUCGUCGUCGUCGCUGUCGUUCCUAUGUUGGGAGGUAGUGAGGAGAAAGAGUGGCUGCAAAGGAAGGAAGAAGUCAGCGUUUCUGAUUCUGGCUGAAUAUGUUUGAAAAGUUUAAGGGGAGGAUUGGCGGAUCAAUCCUUGGUCUCUCUUAUUUAAUACGGGGCUUGAGAGAUCUAAGCCUCUCUGUAACAGGCUUAAGACUUGUUUUAUCUCUCCUUGCAUUCACGAGUAGAUUUUUGUCAGCUUAGGUGAGUUUAUUGUGUUUUAUCUCACUGAUUUAAAAAAAAGUUGGUUAAGGCGAUUAAGCAUAACUGAACUAAACCUUACGGAGGACGACGGGUGAGAAGAAGAGCAAAUCGGGUAAUUGUGCUGGAAGUGUGCGAGAAAGAAUAAUCAAGAAAAUCCAACAACUUGAACCGGUGGAAUUAAGCAAAGUGCUGUGCUGCUACUGAUGGGACUAACAUUUCGAGUACUCCUGGCCGACCUUAACUAAAGAAGCGAUUGUUUCCUUUAAAGGAGAGAGCUUCAAAGACAAUUUGCACUCUCCUUCCGAUCCGAAAGAAACGUUGUCAAAAUAGCGAACAUCCUGGCUUUCUCGUCUUUCGGGAGUGGGGGUGGUGGGCAUGGGGGGCCUGGAGUUCCCCCCUCAAUGUCCUACCUCAAGUCCUCCCCCUACACGAUGAACGGGCUGGGCCUGACACCCAUGGACAUGCACCCGUCGAUGGGCUACCCGCCAGGUGAGAUACCAACAUACCACUGCUACGACCUAGGUUCAGCUCCCCGAAAACAAAGACGUGAGAGAACCACAUUCACAAGAGCUCAGCUGGACAUACUUGAGUCGUUGUUUGGAAAAACGAGAUAUCCAGAUAUAUUUAUGAGGGAAGAAGUUGCUCUAAAAAUCAAUCUCCCAGAGUCGCGUGUCCAGGUUUGGUUCAAAAAUCGGAGGGCUAAGUGUCGCCAACAAGCAAAGCAAGCAACUCACACGGAGAAAACUAGUUCAUCAAAAUCAUCUAAAAAGCUAAAAUCUCCAGCUAAUUCUGCCUCCCACAAUAACAACAACAAUUCCACCAACAAUAAUAACUCUUCGAACAACAACAACAACAAUAAUAAUCAGUCUAUAGUUUCAUCACAACAUAGCUUGAACAAUGUACAUCAUCAUCAUCAUAACUCGAGUCUUGGAAACAGUCCGGACGUGUCUCAGUCUCCCCCCACGAAUCUGCACCCUCAUCAACAGCCCACAUCCCACGGAGGUCACCCCCAACACUCCCACCGCGACUCACCCUACAAACUGCCUCCCCUCUCGUCGUCCAACUCAUCUGGCUCCUCAGGACCGCUCAAUCACCACCACGCCCUUGUCGGCUCGGCGACCAUGAACUCGGCCGGCUCGCACCAUCUCCACCACGCCACUGCCACUGCGAGCAACGGUUCAACCCCAUCCUCGUCCUCAGCAGCAGCAGCAGCAGCCGGCUAUGGCCUCUGGUCAACAACAUCGCUGAGUCCAAUGGGCGACCUCAUGUCAUCUCAAGGAUCGCUCAUGGCUUCCAACUGUUUGGACCGAUCCAACUACAUGGCUGGUGCGGGUGGGAUGGGGAUGACCAUGAGUGGCUCAACAUCAAUGGCUCAUCAGGCAGGAGCGUCCUCGUGUUACAGUCAAAAUUACCAUGGGCCAUCUUCCUACUAUCCAAAUAUGGAUUACUUGUCCUCAUCUCAACUCAAUGGACCGGUAAACCAUUUUGCGUGGUGAAUUUCCUAAUCUCACUUCCCCACAGAAUACAUAACACAAUUCUUAAUUAUUGGGAGAGAAUGUUCACCUUCUUCUUCAUCACCACCACCACCAACCAGUAAAGACCUUGUUGUGUAAUACUCUUGUAACAAUAUUAUUUAGAUUAGAUGUAAAAAGAUUGUUAAUCGUGUCGAGUACACCGCAAGUAUUUAUUAUUAAGUACCCUAUAAAACAUGGAAUUAUUGUCACGAGGAUAUCAUAUCUCAUUUAUAAUAAGUGGCAGAUUACGUAUGUAUUUAAGUAAGUAAAUAACAAUUAACUUGCUAAUGAGCUCGCAAUUGUUGGAAGGUAUAUGUAUAAUAGAUAAUAUUCAUAUCAGAGUGAACUGAAUUCAGUUCUACGUUCGACUUAAGAAAUAUGAAAUCUACGGAGGACACAAUUUGCCAACAAUUUCAGUGAAUUAAUGUUUAUCUGAACAUAGCCAUUGUUUCGAGUAUUUUUUUUUCAUUCUGACAAUAAUUGGAAAGCGUAAAGAAACUUCCAUUCGUUGUACAUGAAGCAUUUCCCGAUUGUUGUGCUAAGGUUUAAGAAUCUUACAUUAAAUGUGUAGUCAACUGCGGCAAUCACUACUAGAAAUUGGAUGGAAUUAAUACAUAAAUAUAUUAUGUACCAUACCUUUAAAAUAUUAUCAUGUAAUUCUAGAACGUUUAAAUCCGUUUAAAUAAGACUCCAGUGUUACCUAAGCUAAAUACAUACCUAUAUAAACACUCUUCUCAUGCAUAUCCCUGUACACCCCAAGAAUGGAAUCAGGGAUACUAUACUAAAUAAUUUCUCUAUGUAUGUAUGUAUACUUAUAAAGCCAGGCACGCAAAAUUAUGAACCUUUCGAUUUUUUAACCCACAUAAUUUGUGUGAAUAAUGUCGAUGAAAUACAUUCAUAUAUUUAUGUGUUCGUAGUUGUUGGUAAAAUCGAAUUUAAAUUAUUCUCUUUGUUUGUACUUGCAUGCAUGACACAGUAUCAUUGUUUUUGACAUUUCGUGCCAAAUGAAUAAAAAAAUCUGAAUCAAUAAAAGUUUUAUCUUCACAUUUUCAUUUGCUCAAUUUUAAGUUUUUACCAAAGCAAGACUAAGAAUUUUCUGGCUUGAUAAAUGGUCAAUCCGAAAAAUUAGUCAUUGGAACCUGCAAUAUAAGAAGCAAAUACAAACAUGUACACAUAGUGGGAUUUGAAACUGCAAAAUAUGACAGAUGACGAGGGACAUUGAUGAAAAGUAACCGACAAUAAUAUAACCCACAAAUUGAAUGCCAUACGACUUUUCAUCACUCCUCCAGCUAUCUGGCUGCAUCCGAUGAUGUAAAUGCACGCGCCUGCUACUGCAACGUGGACCGUUCUCCAAAAUGAUUAGGAGAUUCCCGUGGGACGGAGAUUUGGGCAAUAAUAAAGAGAUGCCACAUCAUGACGGGAAGUGCAUCCAGCUCACUAAUCUACCCAAAAGUACCCUCUCCAAAUGAAAUCAUCCAUAAUAGAUAUAUUUAAUCAACAAGACCAACCAACCAACCAACAUAACUCGAGGUCUAAUCGCACAAGCACCAAACCAAAGCAAACCACCCACCCCACCAUCAGCACAGUCAUCUCCUCUCUUCACAUAACAAAUGAUUCAAAUUUUAUCCGAAUCUCAUCUCGUCCCUUCACCCAUGCGAACGAGGUUCUUCUCCUCGCACAAAUUAAAUUCCAAUUAUUUCAUGCUUUCUCCCAAAUGACUUUCUCCAUUAUCACAACGAAUUUGAUAUCAUUCAGCUCAAAGUUGUGUUGUUAAUUAAUGAUCCAACUAUUUAAUUUUUACAUGAAAUGCUUAAUAAAACAAGAAACACAAUAUUUUCAGUAGAUUAUUGCGUUGAUUUAUUCAUUUACUUCACUGCGCAUACAUAUUUCGUUAAAAUUAAUACAUUGUCAGAGUUAAAGCAAUAACGGUUACAGCAGUGCAUUUGCGAUUGCGAGCAUGAUUAAGUAUAAAUUAUUGUGGUAACCCAUAUCUUAAAUAAUA